AUGGCGCUCGCGAUGCUGCUCGCGGUCUUCCUCGGCGUGUUGCACCUGUUGGCGGGUGUUUGCGAUGCUGACGUGGUCGACGACGACCUGAUGAACCUGCAAGCAUUCAUCUACACCAAUCCCUACCCCAUAGCCAAGCCGUACGACUGCAGUGUCAUCGCCGCUCUCGCAACGAAGGGACAAUGCAUGAGCUACAUCGGUACCGACGAGAAUCCUCUAGAGUCACUCGCCUCUUGCGAGCUGUACUGCUAUGAAACAGCUUAUGCCAACACUUGGGACUGCAUCGCGCCCGCCAUUGACUACAGCAACCCGGAUUGGGCCAACAUCUUCACGGACCAGAGUUUGUUCCAGUGGACUCCUGGCACCUGCAGCUGCUCCAACUCCUCGGACCCAACGCCGUCCGUGAACGGCGACGAUGACUACCCGCUUGCCAGCCUCUCCAAGGGGGUCGCGGUCAAAGUCGCGACCCAGUACCCCCGAGACCUCGCAACCUACGGGUAUCAGGUGACGCCAGGGUACACUGACUUUAUAGAUCCCCAGGUUAACUGGGACUUUGCGACCAUCGACUGGCUCGGCGAAAACGGGGCCUCGACAAGGAUUGGGAUCUUCGGGGUCAUGAACAACGGCGCCAACCCCAAUGUUCUGCGCAUCCACGAGGCCUGGGCCGGGAGGGAUAGACGCCCGAACGGCGUGCGGGCAGCCUUCCACGACGACGUGAUCAGCUUCUGGAGGCUCACUCCGAUGUUCAGGAACCUCAACACGCUCACGGAGAUCCGGUUCGACACGGUCAUUGAGGACUCACUCGACGCCUUGGCUCCAUGGGCAUACCUAACAAUGGGCAUGGACCCAAACUCCGGUCUCGUGGUACGAAGAAACGGUGUUCGAGUCAACGAACAGCACGUUUUCAGAACGAUCCUCGCGCGGGCAAGAUUUGCAAGGAGGAUGCAGCAAGCCAUCAACGAGUAUGUUGAAUUUUCUCAUCGGAGGAUCAUGGCGUUCUACUUCACGAGUGGCAUGCCAGGAUUCGACUUUGCUAUUUACUUCGACGGUUACAACGAAGCGACCAUUGGAGACGCGACCUGGAACUGGCAGUGA